UUUCAAUACCACACCACAUCCGUGAGUUGGAGAUUUGUUUUGCUGUUUUUGGCUGUCAAAGUAUGCUGGGAAAAAACACAUAUAGCGUAUAUCAGCUUUUCUUUAAUCAGCUAUAUUUAAGUGCAUUGUGUGGUAUUAAGAGGAAACAUUGCGUAGUUGGAUAACUUUUCGGAGAUGACAUCGGUUUAUGGGAGCUAUCGCGGUGCUACUACGCUAAUGCGACCGUAGCUAACGAGCUAACAAAGCUGACAAAUGCUACAUGCAUCUGCGUGCAUACCAGCUCGCAUUUAAUCAAUAGCAGGACCACAUUUCUAUUUAUUUAUUUUUUUGCAAUAUAUGGUUUUGAUGCCUCUGAAAUUAUAAUAAUGGGCUAGCUUCAAGGACAAGCGCUAACCUUGCACCAAAAUCCUUAUACGAUUUUUUAUUUUUUUGUUGUUUUUGUUUUUUUUGUUUUGAAGCUACAUUUUACUUUUUUGUUCGUGGAACCAAUAGUUCUUGCAUUGCCUCGUAGCUCAGUUAGAAAGACGUGAGAAUCUGUUAAGGCCAUGCGAUGAUGGUGCUGCGACGCCUAUUGAGGAAGCGCUGGGUGCUUGGAGUGGUCUUUGGGUUGUCUCUUAUCUAUUUUCUCACCAGCACAUUUAAACAGGAGGAGAGGACCAUAAGGGAUCGAACACUCCUCGAAGUGAAGGAUUCAGACCACCGCAUCCCAUGGAAAGUGCGCUUUAACCUGGGCAACAGCAGCCGACAAAUCACUCAGUGCAGAAACUCAAUUCAGGGCAAAACUUUGCUCACAGAUGAACUUGGUUAUGUUUGUGAGCGAAACGAUUUGCUAGUGAAUGGUUGCUGUAAUGUCAACGCUCCCAGCACAAGACAGUAUAUUUGCAAAAGUUGCCUAGCCAAUGGCUGUUGCAGCAUAUAUGAGUAUUGCGUAUCUUGCUGCCUCCAACCUGAUAAGCAACCUCUUCUUGAGCGCUUCCUGAAUCGGGCCGCAGAAGGUUUCAGUAAUCUCUUCACAGCUGUAGAGGAUCAUUUUGAACUGUGCCUGGCAAAGUGCAGGACUUCUUCACAAAGUGUCCAGCAUGAAAACACUUAUCGAAACCCUCAAGCCAAAUACUGUUAUGGAGAGAGCCCACCAGAGCUGCUUCCUAUAUGACACUUUCUCUCCCAUUCCCUGGUUUACUAUGAAGUCUGACACUGCAGUGGUACAUUUACAGGCCACUGUUAGGAUCCCAGUCUGGCUCAGAUUCGAUAGCUAUACUGGAGAAGGGUCUUGAACAUUGGGAACAUUGAAAAUGGACCUCAGAUGGGACAAAAGUGACUGUGUUUUUCUAUUAUUUACACUUCAUAAGUGCGUCAACGUUUUCAUACAUUCAUCCAUGAUGAUCAUUACUGGCAGCUCAGACGUCCAGCAACUCAUUUCAUGACAAUGGAAACAACAUUGAUUCUAUUGAGAACAAACCUUGUUUUGAUUUUAUUGUCAAAGGGCCCAUAUUACGCACAUUUCUGAUCUAUGUUAUAAUGUUUCCUUAUCAAAAACAUACCUGGAGUUGUUUUCAUUAAUACGUUUAACACACAACCCCUAUAUAGCGUAUAUAAGAUCAGUUCUUCUCUCAAGUGGAAAACUCUGUUUUGCUUUGUGUUGUCAUGUGGUAAUACAGAAGGUGCCCUGCUGUGUUUUUAAACUCCAUACACCUUCACUAGACUUAUUUGGAUCAAUUCAGCUGUGGAAUUUCCUAUCUCUUCUGAACAAACAGUAAAAGGUAGCUGUUAGCCUGAAAACGACAGCUUCAUGUCAUCACAAGGUGGAACAGAGCAUCUUGAGUUUUGGAGGUGUAGACAGACUAAUAAUACAGGAUUACUUAAAUGUGUAAAUUAAAACAGCUCUAGGUAUGUUUUUGAUGAGGUAACAUUAUUACAUGGGUUAAAGCUCAACAGAAUCCAUGUCCAUGGACCUUUGAACAACAAUGAAUGUGUCAGUGUCUUGUGCAUGUGAAUUAAACUGUUAUUUAAUUUAAAAA